UUUAUGCUUGGUUUCCAGCAAUUUAUCUUGGUCAACUGGGGAUCGACUCUUUCUUGCUUCAAUAUAAGAAAUCAAACAACAGCGAUGAUAAAAUUGUCGUACGUGGCCAUCAGAUUCGGCCUCAGCCUCCAAAUUCGACUGAAAGAGAUUUUAACUUGUUGGAUAAGGUGGAUGCAUUCCAUGGCAUGGGUUGGUGGGUCGGAGACAUUACAAAAGUUCUUAAAGGAAACAAGUAUGCGGUCACUUUAAGUUGCACGAGGCAGGAGAAGGAAUUCAGCCUUUCAGAAUUGAGGACUCACAUGGAUUGGACUGAUGGAGGAUGGGCUACUAUGAGCCAUGGAAAAUGGAUUACUGAAGUUCGGGAAUUUCACUUUAGAAGGGGGUCUGAAGCACAAUCAAAGCAUUCAUGUCAGAGUUCCAAACGUGAUUAUGAAUUACAAUCAUGUGAGAGUUACGGAAACUCUGAUGUAGGUACCACUUCGAAAGAAAACACCUUGUUCUAGGAUCUCAGUGAAAAUUCAAUCGAAGCCCUUGAGUCCUUGCACGGAUAAAUUACCUUAUGGAAAGACCAACAAGAAAUUGAAAAUGUCUCCGCAACCUAAGGAUGAUGCAACAAUUUUAAGUCUUUACAAGAAGUUAAAAGGUGGGCAUUCAGAUGACUCCUUAUCUUUGGAGAAACCGUUUGCAAGGAGAACGCUGGUUAAAACUCUAAACAAAGAAUCCCCAGUUAUUAAUGUUUUGAAGAUUGCGAAACUGAAGGUUAGAGGACUAGAUGAUCAAGCAUUAACUCAUUUCAAAAGAAAAGGCAAGAAAAGAAGUGAAAUUGAAAAGACCGGUGAAGUAAAUAUUGGAGAUGAGCAUGUAAUGGACAACACUGAAUCUUCUGGUAUCAAGUCAGAGUCUGAAGCAACAGGGGGAUCUCAUGCUGGAGCAUCAUGUCUGCUCCCUAUGGAGGGGGUUGGACAGAAUGAAGAUGGAGUGACCAGUGCAGUAGAAGGGAAUGGAAAACGGACUGCAUUGCUUGUUGAAGGCGAGGAACAUAAUGGCGGUGGAUCUAUGGCUGCGGAUUGCUCGAAUGAUAUAUUCGAAUUGUCUAUGAUCACAAGGUUGGAUUUGAAAGGUGAGAAACAUGAUGGAACUGGAGUUGUUGCUCAAGUUGAAUCGACUGAGACUCAAGUUGCUAAAUAUAAAGGUUCUGAAGAUGCAAUGGUCGAAGAGGAAGCUGUAUAUUCUGCAAUGGAUAUCGAUAAAGGCAUUACAAGUAUUACAGUGGGCUCAAGUAACCCUGCUGGGAUUUCCGAACAACAAAGUGAGGUCAGAAAACAGGUUGAAACUGGCGUAACAGGUUCUGAAGAAGCAAUGAGAGAGACGGAAACUGUGAAUUCUACAACGGAUUACUUGACACAAGAAGGUCAGGUGGUUGUGACUGGAGUAUUGCCAAAGCCAUCCGCUCAUAAUCAACCUUUAUCACUGUGCAUAAAUGAAGUGCAUUCUGUAAAAACCAUAGGUGGUACAAGUAACCUUGUUGGGACUGCCAACCAAGAGAUUAAUGGAAGACAAGUUGAAAUUAGUGUCACAGGUAACCUUGCUGGGACUCCGAACCAACAAAACGAGGUUAAUGGAAGACAAGUUGAAACUGGUGUCACAGAUGAGGCUGAUGCGGAGCAAAACAACAAUGCAGUGAGACAGGCAGAAACUGUUGAUUCUCCAAUGGGUUGCUCGACAAAAGAACUUCAGGUGGCUGUGACUGGAAUAUCCGAAAAGGCAUCUGCUCAUGAUCAACCCUUUUUGUUGUGCACAAGUGAAAUGCAUUCUGUCAAACCUACAGAGGGCUCAAGUAACCCAGCCGAGACUGAUAACCAACAAAAUGAGGUUACAGGUACACAAGUUGAAACUGGUGUCACUGUUAACAUUGAGCAACAAGACAGUCCAGAUUUGCCAUUUGUGAAAUCUUAUCCUGAAAUUUGGGAAAAAGUUGAAUCUAUGGAUGCAUUUAGAAGAUAUCCGCAAAAACCACAUUUUUAUCCUUUAGUUAAGUGUGGAGAGCUAAGUCGCGAAUCAUUAGCCAUUGCAAAGAUGUUAACCUUUGCCUCUUUGGUUGAGAAGACCUCCAAGGUGAACAUUGAGGUUCCUGACGACUUCUUUGAUAGCAGCUUCCAAGAAAUAGGUGAUUUAGAAACGUUUGGAUUUGAUGUCAAGGCAGUACGUGACCGUCUGAACUCUUUGCUAGAAAUGAAAGUUCAGUUGGGGCAGCUUCAGGACAAGUCAAAGGAAGUUGAAAUUCAGAUUGCUGUGCAAACUCAAGAAAGAAAGAAACAUAAUGAAAAAAUCAGUGGGGUUGCUAAGCAGAUUAAGGACUUGCAGGAUCAACUGGUGGUGCUGAUGUCAGAGGACGCGGCCAAAGGUACUGAAAUUAGCAGGUUGCAAUCCGAAGAAAACGCAAUCACUGAAAGCAUUCUGAGCACCCGUCGUAACUUUGAGAAACUGAGCGAAGCAUGGUGAUCCUUGUGAUAACAUUCGUUUGACUGUAAUGGUGAAAGUGAUACCAAGCUAGUCUGUAGUUUAUUUUGUAACAGCUAUUAGCCCUACAAAUGGUGGCAACAGGUAUCUGUACUGCAGUGUCGUCAGCCAGUAAUUAAGUUAACCUCUUUCUGGUGUAUAUUUAGCCUCUAGUUUCCUUUCAGCAAAUUUUGGGCAAGAACCCAUGAUUGAUGGAGAGAAACUUGUACAAUUUUGAUGUCAUGCCCAGUUCUUGUGUUUUAA